AUGCGGGAUGGCCGGUCGAAACGCAAGGAGGUUGAUGGGAACAUCCUCGGUAACUGGCAUCAGGGCGUUCACGGUGGUGAAGUGAUCUCAUCUCGCAAUAGAUUUGAGAGGGAUCUUGUUCGAGUUGCCCCCAGACAAGGUCCAGAAAGCCUCCAUCUGUACGAUGGCAAUAACACGACUCGUUUCCUUGCGGUCAUGAUCGACCCCGGCAAGCACUCCUAUUUUGUGGUCAACCUAAACAACACCGAGUAUGACUACCAAACCGCCCAUGAAUGCGAGACACCAGUACCGGUCUAUAUUCUCCGCUUAUCGAAAAGCAAACCCAUGAUCUUCCGAAACCCAGUGUUGGAUGGACACAUCGCGGAGACCCUUCGAGUCAUGCACAAUAACCAUGGCCAGGACCCCUUACCUUUGUUGGACUUUGACAAUUACUGCGACAAGAAUACUUAUUACGGCAAUCCACGGAGCCUCCAACGUUGA